CGCGCCUUCCGGCGCAAGCUGCCCAGCGAUUUAGCUAGCUAGCAAUCUGAGGAAGCCAUUCAUGGAGCCGAACUUGCACUUCUGGAUCCGAGAAAGCCAAUCUUUUGUCCAAAGAUUUCUUCACUGGCUUGACAUACUAGACCCAACAAAUGUACUGCUCUCUCAUGAAAAGAUAAAAGCUGCAAGAGAACUGUUAAGGAGUGAACAGACACCUAAAGAUCACAUAGAGGACCAAAAGAUACAAAAAGCCUGGAAACAGAGCCUGGCAACAGUGCAUCCUGAGACUGGGAGUGUAAUUCCUAUGUUGUUUAGGCCUGCAGCUUUCUUUCCUAUUACUGGACCUUUGGUAUUCCUAUUUCUGCAAAAAUAUAAAGGAAUAAAGGCUGCUCUUUUCCCUCAGUUUUUCAUCCAUGCAUAUAAUACUGAAUUCAGCAUAACAAAUGGAAAUUCAAUUCAUGCUAAAUACUCUCUUGAACAACAACUUCUUGGGAUGACUACAAUUAUUUCUACAACAUUUUUUGGAAUAUCCCCUCUUUUGAUGAUGAAUCGAUACACAUUAAAAGGACCUGCUGUUCAGAAUGUUGUUACCAAAAUCUUGCCUAUCCCUCUUCUGGCCUUUUUAAGUGCAUUUAAUGUGGUGGUGAGCAGAAGCCAUGAGUACCAGAAUGGAAUUCGUGUCAUGGACAAGAAUGGGAAUGUUGUAGGACUGUCACAAGAAGCUGGGGCAAAGGCAGUUGGAGAAACACAUUGUCUAGAGGUUUGCUCUUUGGGACUUCAAUGCUUCUUUCAAAUGUGUUUUCAUACUUUUUGGAAAGGACCAACAUUGUUCAUCAAAAUCCGAAGUUUCUGAUGGUCAUGAAGUUAAAUGUGACUCUUCUGGUAAUGGGAUUGAUGGUACCAGUUUCAUUUUGUCUAUUUCCACAGACAG